AUGCUUCCUUCGUCGUCUUCAUCUCCGACUCCACCUUCCUGGUCUUCGUCAUUACAAGGGUGGCUGCCAACAAACCUCGCGCAUUUCGCGUCGACGACAAGAUGGCCCGGGGCAGUCCACGGCCCCGCCCACCUCCGCCAGACCCUUCUCCUCGCCGCGGCGCCAUUCCGACGCCGGCGUUCCUCCUUGGACGAUCGAUGUUGCGCCGAGCGCCGCGCCUCUCCCUCCACCCUCCUGCGCCACCGCCGCCGGCACGUCGGCAGUCACCAUGGCCUGCGGCGCCUCACGCGGCGGCUCCUCCGCCAUUGUUUCCCGAACCCAAGGCCAUCUCUGGGCCUUUGUCUCUUCUUUCCCAUUUUCCAAUUGACCCUGCCAUUCCUCAUCAGUGAACCUCUAAUUGGGGUUUCACUUUCUAUAGGUUUUACCUUGGAGAUCUUUUCCCGCGUCAAAUUCGACUCUUUUUCCGACUUUCUUGGCGGUGAACAGAUUCUCCAACGAGAAAUCUCGCCUGCUCCCCCCGUUGUCUUCGACUCAUUCUCGCCGCACGACGCCGACGAGGAAGCUGAUACUAACUGCCUCCGUGUUUGCGCCGCAAAUGGAGUUGUCGAGGUCGAUGCGGCGGACUUCGAUUUUCUGUGGGCCACAGCCGCGGCUCCACCCUUUGCCGCUGGAGAUGGCAUUUGGCCGCGUAUAAAGUGA